AUGCGCUUAAAGGUAACACUUAUGAGGCCUAAAACGAUAGAGAAUCAAGGCCUACCUGUUAUGUCCAAACUUAUAUUUUAUGGCCUAGUUGGAUUUUUCACAGAAGUUGUGUUCACAGCUGUUUGGUUCAUGGUUGAUCCAAAAUAUGAGAGUGCUUGGACACUACACGGAUAUACGUCACUCUGGUCAUUUCCAAUGUAUGGUAUCUCAAUCUAUAUGAUGGAGAAUAUGUUUCUCCACUUGCGUGACUGGCCCUUGGCACUUCGAAUUCUUGUUUACGUAUGUUGGACGUACGCAUGGGAGUUCUCAACCGGAGUUAUACUUCGGCAGUUCAACGCUUGCCCAUGGAAUUAUUCUGACUACACAAAGUAUAACGUAGCUGGUUUAAUAACUCUUGAUUAUGCACCUUUAUGGUCACUGGCUACGGCCGUCUGUGAAAAAAUCGUUAUUCAGAGUGCACUUAGUCUUCAGUACAUUGAUAAAACUAAAUUGGAGUAA